AUGAAGAAGCAAAAAUUGGGGAAUCUCCGCAAAUUCGCAAACCAGUACUAUCCACAGCAAUUAACAGCCCAAGAUGCUUCGACGAAGUACAAGAACGAUGAACAUAAACCGUACAACAUUUUUUUGAACACAUUCGAUGAGACUCGGACAAAAAGAGAAUCCAUAAAGCCAGGCAAAGCCGUGGCCCAUUGGUUCAUGAGAGACUUAAGAGUCAGAGAUAACAAUGGGCUUUCCCACGCAAACAAGCUUGCUUUGAAGAACGGCAUUCCCAUGCUCUGCUUUUGGGUCCAUUGUCCAGAGAUGGAACUUGCACAUAAUGUUGGAGACUUCCAGAAAUACUAUCGAUUCUUGAGUUUACACCAGUUGCAAGAGAAGCUUGCAAAGCUCAACAUUAACCUAAUCAUCGUAAAAGCAGAAAGACGUGCCGAUAUUAUUCCUCAAGUGCUCCAGUUGCUCCAGAAGUAUGGUGUGUCACACUUGUUUUCCAACCUAGAGUACGAGGUUGACGAAUUGAGGUUGGCUACUACAGCAAUGACCAAGUUUUUAGAAGAAAAGAUAUCCUUCACUCCGUGUCAUAAUAGCUGCGUGGUCCUUCCUGGAGCAUUGAAGACAAAAUCAAAAGGAACACAAUAUGCUGUUUUCUCGCCUUGGUUUAGAGCUUGGAUGGCCUAUGUGGACCAGGAAUUGUUUUCAAAAGAGCAUUUCGAAUAUGACUCUCCUAUAAAGCUUGAAAAACAGCUCUCGGUAUCACAGCAAGAUCUAGAGAUACCAGACGUGGAUGUGGAUAAAGAACGGUUCCAUAAAUAUUGGAAAAUGAUUGGCGAAGAUGGGGCUCUUGAGCAGCUUGCAGAAUACAUUGAAUCUGAUGAAAUCAAUAAGUAUAAAGACGAGAGAGACUUUCUUGAUCUUGAGUCCGUCUCGAACAUGAGCGUACACAUUUCCUCCGGUACUAUUUCGACAAGAACCAUUUUGCAAGAACUCAGACAAAACAAAAAGAUGAAAAACUUGCAUACGCUCAAGACAUCUGGAGUGUUUGAGUGGAUAAGGCAAAUUUCUUGGAGGGAUUUUUACAAGCACAUUAUAUGCUACUGGCCCUAUGUAUGCAUGUUCAAACCUUUUCAUUUAGAGUACGACGAUUUAAGUUGGGAGUACGACGAGGAUCAUUUUGAAAGAUGGUGUCUGGGAAACACUGGCUUUCCAAUUGUCGAUGCGUGCAUGCGAUGCUUGAAUGAGACUGGAUAUCUCAAUAAUAGGGGCCGACUUAUCGUUGCCAGCUUCUUGUCAAAGAACUUACUCAUCGACUGGAGAAAUGGCGAGCAGUACUUUCUUUCGAAAUUGAUAGACAGUGACUUUUGUUCCAAUAACGGCGGUUGGGGAUUUGCUUCUAGCACCGGUGUGGACCCUCAACCGUACUUUCGAAUUUUCAAUCCUUGGACUCAAUCCGAAAGAUUUGACCCUGAUGGAGAAUUCAUCAAGAAAUGGGUGCCAGAGCUAGUGGAUGUCAGUCCCAAAAUGCUUCAUAAGGAAACAUCAGAUCCUCUAUGCGCAAACUAUACCGCUCCUAUUGUUUCGCAUAAAGAAACCAGAAGUAGAGCGUUGGAAAAGUACAAAGCAGCAAUGGAAGAGGGAAGGAAAAAGAAUUUAUAG